CGCGAACUGAUUACGCGAAAACAAAAUCGCUCUUCAAUUCUUCCGAAACGGCCUGGUUUUUAAUGCUCCCACGAAGACUUUUAUCGAAAAAAGGUGCCGCUUCCACCGCUACGAGCUAUAAAGCCUAGGAAUUGAUACACGAGAUUUGCUGUGUUUGUCGUACAAAUCGUCAUGAGUGCCCCCGAUCGAAGAUCCUGGCGUGGUAGGUCCUUCAAUUCACGCUGGGACAACCCCAACCCAUCUACUUCCAGAUUCAAUACCUCCGAAUCUUACCGGCGGAAAAAUGAAAAAGAACGCGAAACGAGUAGUUGGAACGGCCCGAUUAAUACUACACAGCUUCCAUCUGGUAGUUACAACAAUAUAAACUUUGCUACAGAACCGAUGGCUACACGACCAGCAUUAUUUCAGCCACAUUACUAUGAUAUUGCGGCUGAUUCUACAAUGUUUCCGUUUUCCGGAUCUUUGAACUUUGCGGGUUCGUCACAGAAAACUGGCUCCACGUGUACAAAUGAGCUGAUUGAUCGGCUUAUAAUGGAUGAAGCAUACAGAAUGAUUUCGAAUGCUGCCCGCCCGAUGCCCAAUAUUUUAUUCCCAUACCCACCACCCCCAUACCAUUCCCAUACCAUUGACCAUAUUCAGCACCAGUCUCGGAUAACGGAAGUGCCGGAAAGAGCUACUACGCCGCCAUCAAACAUACCAUCAAUUGAAGUAUCUGAAACACAUGCUAACGAUAGUAUUCCUACAGAGAAGCCUGCAGCGACAAACACAUCAUCCAGCGAUUUGCCCUUGAGUACAUCGUCAACGAUCGGUGAACGGUCAAGGGUUUUGUUGGAACGCAGUGCUGAACAGGUUACUCGCAAGCUUAUUGAUCAGCUAGCCACGAUGAACAAAUCAAACUUAAAGGAGAUGAUCAAUAAUCCUGGCACUAAGUACGAAAUGGCGCUAAAAAAUCAUGCCCGCAAUAAGCUGAGAGCUGAGAUUCGUCGCCAACUGAAAAACAUUAAUCUGACCGCGAACUCCCGACCGGAUGAAGAAGUCGGAAAUUUUCGGCCCGACGAAUCAAUCGAUGCUGAUAAGAUACCAGACGCGUUAUUGCAACAGAUUGGCCAAGUGUUGGAUUUUGAGUUCUUCAAUCAGCUUGAUCCAGAAACGGAAGAUGCGGGUAACGAUCACACACCAAUAGUGAUGGACAUCCCGGACUCGGUGGAUGAGAUUGAUAGUAAACCUAAAACCCUGUCUCUAGUAGAUCAUGAUACGAUGAAUUUGCCAAAAUCUAGUCAGGAUUUUGUUAAUGUGCCAAGUGAUUCCGAUGUCGAUAUGGAUACCAGCGAAAUUUCUGAUAAAGCACCUGCCAUACCAUCAGUCGAAGCAAACCUGGUAUCCGGGCCCCUUGCAAAUAAUGAUGCUGUGUUGAGCCGAAUUCCAGAAUCUAAGACCUUAUCAUCCCAAAAGUUACCAGAAGUUAUUUCCACGGCAAACGUUGUUAAAGGCAGGCUGAAACCAGAAAUUAUGGUAGAUGCAACACAAUCCACCCAGAAAGAGGGGCAGAAGUUCCAAAACGAGAGCAUUUCAUUAUUAUCUGACAACCAGCAGAAGAUUAAGAAGUAUAAAAAUUCGAUGGGUAAAAAAUCCCAAAGUGAAUGCCGUAAUAUUGCAACUAGUCAAAAGCUUAACAGCAAUAAAAAUGUAAAUGUGAAAAAAGGCGCAAUGGGAAAUGAUGAAUCCAGUGCAAUCACGGAUAAAAAUCAUUCAGAGACAAGCGAUCUCAGGAAAAUCUUGCCUAAUCUUGCGACAGAUGUAGUAUCUUUAUCUCACUCCAUCUGCUCCUUAACGAACGAUGCAAAUACUUUUUCGGCGACAAACAUCAUGGCUCACAAGGACAAAGAGUUGCGUACGAAAUCACCUACUGCUGUGCCGAUAUUAGGCGUUUCAACUAAGCCUAUUAAACCAUCGAUUCGAAUUAGAACCAUCGUUAAACCGAAUCUUUCAUUACGAAAGAGAGCAGUCUCAUCAAAUCCCAAACCUUCCGUUAGCUCCAUACCUUCGCCAUCGCAUGAUAGUGAAUUCCGAACCAAAUCACCAACACCAGUGGCAAUUCAUCCGGAAGUUAGUUCGAAUUUAAGGCCGUGGGACAGGCAUAACUCAAGAUACUCAUGGAGCCGUCAUUCGGGUCGGCGUUACAAUGAGGCAAUCAGCACGGACCAACAAAAAUCACCGGUAGCUGUCCUUUUAUCAGCGAAUGAUAAACGACUCGAUGCACGGGUCGGUGAUCAAUAUGUGUCUCUCGGUGGAUUCUCGCUAACGUACGAGCAUCAGGCGGAUAGAACCCGUCGUAAAACACGACAUCCAUGGAUAGUGAAACCUGGUGAUAUUAGGGCUUAUCAUCGGAAUAUAGUACCGACUGUUAACGGAAGCGAUACGGACAGGAUUUCCUCUGACCAAUCUCAUAUUGCAGUUGAUCAACCUGUAACAGCAAUAUCCACUCAUGCCGAACCAUCUGAUACAUCGACCUUGAAUGCAACAAACAGUUUACACUCAAACAAUCCAAUAGAAGGAGUCACUGAUUCGACAAACGGAUCUAGAAGACAUUCACCGAAAACUGCACUGCCUAUCGUCGACUCUGAACCAUCGGCAAAAAAAGUGAAGAAUCUUAUAAAAGAGAAGUUACUUAAUAGGCGUGACAAACUGCAAUCUCAUGCUCCAUCACCAAAAACGGCUAAUGUGCUAGCUUCAACUGGCUCUUUUCUCCCGAAAGAAUCGGACCGAUCGUAUUCUGGGAUAGAAGAUAUACAGCAGGUUCACAAAAUUCAAGUUGUGGAAAAAAAUAUCCAAAAAAAGCAAUGUUUGUCUGCACCAGAUGAGCCACUGAGUCAGCCAAAGAGAGAAAAUGUAUUUCCUGGUGACGAUUAUCGCAAGGAUCCACAGCCGGAAGAUAACGAACUAGCUGCAAUCCCAGAAAGCGACCAUCAGCUACCACCUGAGCGGUGCUCAAUGAAACAAGAUAAGGCAAUUACUCGAAACGAUCAUCUUUCCAAUGAUCGAUCUGCUAGUCCUUUUUUGUCGAGCAAUAAAACAUACCAGCAGUCCAAUGAUAUCGAUAGUUUACCGCCAAAGGAUUCAGAUGCAUUGCCAGGGAUAAUUAACGAACUUUCGGCAAUCGAUGUGGGCGACAGCGAUAAUGAUGCCGAAACCUUGUCUUAUAACAUUUCCAUUGAUGAUGGAAAAGAGACACCAACACGGGGUAUUGCACCCGAUAAUCCAUCUGAAGAAUAUUAUAACAACGUGCUAGAAAAAGAAGGUGUUCGAAAAGAAGAUAGCGUUGCUCUCGAAAACUCUAGUUUAACUCAAGAUACAGAACGAAUAAGCCAAGUGCAAACUGGGAUGAUAGAAAAUGUUAUUGAAAAUACUCGUCAAUUACGAACCGUUCCAUUGGCCAGCCUUACUGUAAAUGAAUCUAACAUCCUAGAAAGCACACAGCAGAAGAGCAGUGGCUCUCCAAUGGUGUGUGUACACUCGUGGGCUACGGAACAAGACUCACAACUGAACCAAGAAAUGGUUUCUUCACAACGUGCUCUAAACUCACCAUCUCCAUCACGAACUAAAAUGACUGACUAUUCAAAGGGAUCAGUUGAAAUUGAUUCCGAUUCAUCAUAUAAAAUGCCACAGGAACUAGCGCAAUCCAUUGCAUGCUCGCUGGAUGGCAUAGAAUCGAUCGAUUUGGAAACAAUGGUGCUGCUUAGACGAAAAAUGGAUAUCGAUACUGAGAUCAUGAAAUUAGAUGCCGAGAGGAUGAGCAUCGAUCAGCAGCUUGUAAAGAAGCAAAACGAACGCAAUAGACAAAUGAAUCGGCUACGAGCGGCAAUAUUCUCCUCGAUUGAGGUGGGCAAUUGUUCCUCAAACGGAAUGGAUAAGAAGAUGGUAGCUUCUAAGGACGAUGCAAAAUUUCCGCCUAUCUGUACAAACCCUGCGGAAAGGACAAUCCAGGUGGAUGAUAAUUCAUCCGGUCUCCAAGAUGCCUAUCCAGCAGGAAGUGCUCAGGAGCGAACUAUUAGACGCAUUACACGGCUACGCCUCAGCGAGAACAGUGAGCUAAUGCGCAUCUUCCAGCGGCGUCGGCUAUUAUCAGAGCGCUCGUCCGAUGGUAAUCCACUAACCGAGGAUGGUGUGCUCAUCGAGCAGUGAUCUGUGUGCACAGACAGACCCGUGUCAAUGUAUCAUUGCGUUAUCAAGAGUGAUAUGGUUAAGCAUUCUAGUGAACAGGUAAUUUGUACAGUACAUUGUUUAGUAUAAUAAACGCGCUUUAACAUUU